AUGCGUAGCCAUAUAUAUAUAUGUCCUGCCCCUAUCUAUCUAUCUAUCUAUCUAUCUAUCUAUCUAUCUAUCUAUCUAUCUAUCUCAGUUAUUCAUAUCUAUCGCAUUAUUUCUCUCUCUAUCUAUUUCUGUUCCUAUCUAUCUAUCUAUCUAUCUAUCUAUCUAUCUAUCUAUCCUUUCCAAUCCUUUCUCAGGCGUCAUCUUUUUACCAACUUCAUUCAAUCUUCUUCCAUUUUACUGAUCCAUUGCCGCGGGGCUGAGCGUAAUGGGGGCCUGGUUAUUUCAUUUUGGCGAUGUACGACCAUCGCCGAGCCGGUGACGAAAUUAAUUGUUUUUUUCGCCGCCAGGGUCACGUUUCAUUGUAAUCAAGGAUAUUUCUGUCUCAUGAGAGAGCCUCUUCAAUUCUUGGAAUCUAUCUAUCUAUCUAUCUAUCUAUCUAUCUAUCUAUCUAUCUAUCUAUCUAUCUAUCUCAGUUUGUUUUCUAUCUAUCUAUCUAUCUAUCUAUCUAUCUAUCUAUCUAUCUAUCUAUCUAAUUCUUUUGCUAUCUAUUUAUCUCAUUUUUUUCUAUCUAUGUUUAUCUUUUCAAAUCUAUCUAUCUGA